AUGUGCCUUCUCUGUGCCAUUAUCCUUUGGAAUUUCGCAAUGACAAGUGAAACGGCCGAACGAAACAGACCUUACGAAUUUGGGUUCAACAUCGUUGAUUUUCAACAUAGGUACGAGAAGAAAGAUGCUAAUGGAAUAAUCACGGGAGAAUAUGGAUUUAUAACCGCGGAUGGAGUGUAUCACGAAACAGGAUACGCCACAGAUAAAAACGGUGAUUUUAUCAUCACCAGGAUGACUUAUAGAAGAAUCAAAAGUUUGAAGGAUGCGCAAGAAAUAUUGAAAGCAAGGCCGGAAAUCGCAAAGAAACUGGUAGAAGCUGUAGCAAGGGCUUGUAGUGCGUGCAAACUCGUAACGAAAACAGACGAAUCUGAACGUACUAUGCAAACCAUUCGACCGGUAACGCUACUUACUUCUAGUAAGAAGUUGGAUGCCCUGCCACAAGGGCUGGCAAACACGUUGGAAAUGGGAAAAAAGAGAAAUGUCGAUUACUUUGCAGAUGAAAUUUCUCGCGAGAGAAAUGAAAUCUCUCGAAGCUCGAAGGAUUUUUCUAACGAAAGAAGAGGAAAGAAUUUAGUUCAAGACGUGGCGAAAGAUACGGUAGAUCCACGCCUCAAAGAGCCGAAUAUAGAUGAUCGAAUGCCGGCGAAUGAUCUUUACUAUCGCUUUAAUUACUCGAUAACGACGCACGAGCAUCAAGAAGAUGGAUAUAGAAGCGGGGGAAAAAAUGGCAGCUUUCGCGCAGAAAGUGAAAAUGGUAUCGAUACCCGAGUGAAAUAUUUGUCGAACGAAUUUGGUCAUCAGCCGAACGUUUCGUUUGUUGCCAGAGAUAAUGCGACGAAAUUGCCGGCGAACGAAAGCCAACAACUGAAAGGAUACUCGUUCCUUUGGUACUGGACGUGA